CACAUGGAUAUCAACAGAAGAAGACUCUGUUUUCCAGUCCUGGCAUAUAAACAUGUUGCUGAAAGAGCAAAUUGAAUGUCUGCUAAAGGAAGAAGAGAUCAUCAAAGCUAAUAUUAGAGAUGUAGAAAAAGACAUAAGCAGCAUGGAGGCAGAGCUCAGCAGGAUAAAGCAGGCAGAAACCAUGAAAAUACAUUUAGAAGCAGAGCUCCAAACAGUCCAGAAAACUUUGAAGGAAGAGCAUGUACUGGAGUUGGAAAUGGACCUUUACCUAAGGAAGCUGGAGAAAGACAAUGAAGAUUUCAAUUUGAGAAUGCUUAUGCUCUCUGAGGAGAGUUCAGCUUUAAUGGCAUCAAGAAAAGCCAGCCAGAACAGCCAUAGGCAGCUGCAACUUCAGAUCAGGAAAUUGGAGAGAAAGCUACAGGAAUGUAUACUGGCUUCUACUGCUGAAGAUGAGGUUUGCACAAAGAUGCAACAUCAAGCUCAGGAGCUGGAGGAAUCCAUAAAAGAAUAUGACGCUGUAAUACAGGUUCUUCAGAAUAAAGAGAAGUCUCUUCAAGACCAGCUGUUUGCUGCUGAGGAGGAAAAGGCUCGAAAUCUCACUUUACCAGGUAACAUCCUGAACAUCAACCCUAAGAGCCUGUUGUUUGAAAUAGCCAGUGCUGAACUGGAUGAAUCUCAAGUGGAUUUUUGUUCUUUUGUGGCGGCUAGCUGGCAUACUCCUGGCCACUGUCCUGGCCAUUACAUUAGUCACCUUCCUUGUCAUCUGCACCUGCCUCUCAAGUCAGACAGUGACAGAGGCCUACCAGCGAACAUCACGGCACUUUUGGGCCUAUUACUUCUGGUCUUACAUGAAGCUGCACAACCCCGGCUUGUUGCCUCUGUGAUCCCUGUGUGCAGAAGCUGUCGACCAAUUCAAGCAUGCCCACAGAAAAGCCUUGUCAGUCUACAACAUUGUGGAGCUUGAAAUGAUGGUUUCCCUCCUAAGAAUGAACUGGAAACUAUCGAUCCACUCUUCAGCUCUAGACAAGCCUUAGUUUAGGCAGAAACGCCCAUGUUGCCACUUCUACUGCACACUGUGGUAGGCCAAGGUGUUUCUGGGUGCUUAGAUAAUUAUCUGUAAUCACAGCAGUACAUUUUUGUAAAUGAAAUACACUUUGCCUUGCUUCCA